CUUGAAGUGUAUUUUUUAUAAAGAAAAACGUAAAAAAAAAAACUUAACAGUUUCUAACAGUUUAUGAGAAAAAAAUAUUUAACGGAAUUUUUGUUAGUGUUUUAGAUCAUGCUAUUGUUUAAUUGCCCCGAAAAAUGUCUGUUAACCGUUAUCUCGUUAACAGUUACUAUUUGUACUAUGUGUGAUCAUGCAACAUGUUUGGAAUCUGUAAGUAAAUAUUGUUUUACAACCCAAUUUUAAGUUUAGAUAACUUAGACAGUGGUGUUUCGAAGUUUAUAUGGAGGUAUACGGCGUAUACGCAUUUACCAUUAGGUGAAUAAGUGUAUAUCAUGUAAAAAUAGUACGAAUACGCAGAUAAAACUUAAUUUAAUUUUUUUUUUAUGUGCAUAUAGCAUGUACCUACAUGACAUGAGAUUUAAAACUUAAGCAACCUAUAUUCUGUACAGUUAUUAUUUUAUGACAUUUAUCAAUUAUCUAUAAAUAUUAAGUUACAACUAUACAACAAAAAGGUUAAACAGGAUUGGUUAUUACAUAAGGUAUUAGAUAAAAUUUGUUAUCUUUUAUGCGAUUAAAGUUUCAUGUUGUUACUAGAAAAAAACAUGUCCACAGACUAGAAGAAAAAAAAAGAAAGAAAUAAACAUCUUAGUAAAACCAAUAGUUCCCUUGCUACGCUCGGAAUCUUAAAUUAGAUUUGAUCCACAUAAUUUUUUACUCGAAACGAUUAUCGUUUUAAAAAUUUGACCAUAUCUAGUCUUUUAGAAACGGUAAAUAUAAGUUUUCUGUCCAAAUUUCAAUUCCAUAAAGUUGAUACUAAUAUUUUAAACUGAAUUUCACAAAAAUAUUAAAAUGUCUAUAAAAAGUUUAAAAAUGGCUCAAAUGAUUUGAAAAUUUUUCUUUGUUUAGAAAAGGCAAAUAUAAGUUUGGUCGAAAUUUCAAAGCUCUACGAAUAUUUCUCAUUAAAUUAAAAAUAAUUAUAAAAGCAUUAUAUUCGUAAAUUUCCAGUUUUUUUUUUACCUUUUAUCCUGGUUUUUCCAAGAUACCGACCAUAAAAACCGCUUGAUAAAUCAAAAAAUAACCUCCCAAAAAUACCAUCUGGACAAUAUUUCCUUUUAAAAUGUUUGCAACGUGUAUAUAUCGGAGAAAGAUUUCUAGUAGAAUUUUUGUACACAGUAUAAAAAAAUAAAUAAAUAUCUUUGUAAAACCAAUACAUACUUCGCUACACUCAGAAUUUAAAAUAUACAAAACUGGAUAACAAGAAAAUUAUUUAUUUAGUCUUUUAGAGUUUACGAAUUUUUCAAUGUACAAUGUAAGUCUUAUAAAAUGUUUUUCGCUAAGUUAUUUGGAAACUGAUAAAUUUUGUACUUAUAAAUUGUGUUAGUUGUGUACUGCAUUAGUUUGAUUUCGUGCUGCACGUCGUCGUACUAUUUACUAUUUAAGGCCCGGUUAUAGAUACCAAGUUGUUAUAGACACUAAGUGGAGUGGGAAAUGUGUUUUUUCCAUGUUGUUAAUUUUUUUUUUUGUGAACAACUUUUUUCCCUGAAAUUAUAAGCCGAUAUUGACUAUAUUUUGUUCAGCUAUAAUAUUUUUUUUUUACUCUUAAGAGUUCAUAUUGAUCACAUAGUACCUCUCCACGCUGGAAUCUAUGUUUUAAAUUGAUAAUUUAUUUUAUGAAAUAAUACCUUCUAACGUACUUAUUUACUUUGCGUGUUUUAAAUUACUAAAUAUAUAAGUAUAUCCGAUUAUUCCUCCCAGUCCCCUACUGAAUAUUGCAUAAUCACUGGCGUGUCGGACAUAAUACCUGAAAUCCAAAUGUAUUCUAUUAUUAAUAAAAAGAGAAAUAUCAUAUAGGUAGGUACGUGUACAAGUUCAUUUUUAAUGAACUAGACUAUUAUGGUUUACGUUAUAUAAACCUUUAUAUAGAUUUAUUAGAUAUUGUGACCAAAAUAUAAAAAGAUAUCGCAACAUGUAGAACAAAAAUAUAGUAUGUAAAUAAAAGCGGUUGGUUUUCAAAAAAUGUUGAGAAAUUAAAUAGUGCAUUGGUUUAAGUGAAUAAAAAAAAGUGUGUCGCCCUACACCGAUUUCUUUUCGGAUAAGCCACUACACUUAAAAAUCGGAGCACAAUCUCUUGUAGGAAUGUUGUCUAUAGAUAAAAAAAUAAUAAACAACUUUGUAAAACUAUAAGUUUUAUCGCUCCACUAAGAAUAUAAAAAUUCUUCUUAAAAUACCUAAUGUAUUAUGAUUAUUAAUUUGUCAGAAUGUCAGUAUUGAUUAUUUUAGUUAUUAAACUUAAAUGUAUUGAUAUUACACCAUAUUACUAUUAACAUAUUUUUUAAUCAAUAGCAUAAUUGAUAUGCGAUUUUAAAUUUUAAUGACUCGAAAUCAUCGAUCUUUAUUUUUUCUUCUUUUUUCUUUUAUGUACGUUUUAGAAGAUUAGAAGGUAUUAAAAACAAAAAUCACUAUAUCAAUAUAAUUUAUAUGUUUAGAAUUGCUACCAAAUGCUUAAAAAGUAACAAAAUUACUAGGCGUAAUACAUAUACAGGCUGUCUCACGAAGAUAUACCUCUUAAAUAUCUCCGAAGAUAAUAAAGAUAAUCAAAUUUUUUUUUUUAUAUUACUCACAAGGAUAAUAUUUGUAAUAUUUAUAUUUGAAUUAUAUUUAAUACAAAAAUUGAAAAAAUGUAUUGUUUUAAUUUUUUGGGAAAAUUAAAAGGUAGCAAUUUGGUAGAUUAUAUUUUUCUAAAAAAAUUAAUGUAUCAUACAUUCAUAUCCAAUCAAUAGUUUCUUAAUAAUAGCCGUAUCAAUUUACCAUGAUUUACGUUGUAUUAUGACUAUAAUUCGCUAUCGCGGAAUGUGAUAACUCGUUUAGUCGUUUUUCACACCUUUUUUGUAGAUAUUAAAACAGAUAUAACUAAGAAACUAUCGAUCGUACAUAAAUGUGUGAUACAUUAAAAUGUUUAAAAUCAUAUGUAUUCUACAAAAUGGCUAACUUUAAUAUUUUUUUUAAAUAAUAAAUAAAAAGUAAUUUAUUAUAUAUUUGUAGUCUUUAUUCCUGUGAGUAAUAUAAAAAAAACAUAAUUUGACUGUCUUAUUAUCUCCGGAGAUAUUCAAGGAGUAUAUCUUCGUGGGACAGCCUGUAUUAUCAUAAAUAUUAUGACGAAUUUCACGCCUUAAGGUCCGACUUCGUAUUAGAACUACGUUAACGUACCCAAUUAUUAAUUUUUAUAAUCGGCUACAGUUUGAAAAAUGACUACUUAACGUUACUAAAAUUUUUACUAGGCCCAGACCUCGUAAUUAACGAGAUUAAAUGAACUUAUCCGUUCAAAGUUCAAAAUAUAUGAACGAAACGUGAAUUAAACUUUUUGAAUUAAGCCAAUAUUUUUAAUGAACUUGAACUUUAAUAGGGUCGUUUAGUUGGAAACAUUUAGAUUCCGAAUUUUACAUUGAGAAUUCAGGGCAAUAAUUUAAGCGAUUAUGUAAGAAACACAGAAUGUAAAAUUACAGAAAUACAUUCUACUGUGACCGUCUUCUUGAGAUUAUUAAAAUAGUAGUAUAGUACAUACUUAAUAGAGAAUAGGCCCGGAGCAGUAUAGUACAUACCUAAUAUAAUAUUGAAUAAAAUCACUGAGACUAGGUAAGUUACUAAAAACCAAUAGUGAAAUUAAAUUUUAAUUAACUUAAGUUAAUUUAUAAAUAAACUUAAAGCAAAUUCUUUAGAAAAAGAAAAAAACAAUGAACUUACUUCAAUUUGUAUGCUCUUAAUUAUUCCAUGAACAAGUUUAUAAUUAACGUCCCCAAGUCUGAAUAAGAUUAAUGUGAUCUUUAGCUAUCUAAUCUAUGUGAAAUGUUUGUUUUAUAUUUAUAUACUGUUUUUUAAUCUUUGUCUGAUAGUCAAAACAAAUAAAAUUAUUCGGUUAUCCGCUGGAGACGUAUCAAGUGUGGACCCGCGACAAUUAUUUGUUGGGACUGGAGCGAAUACCGCACCACGGUAAACACGGUGCAAACGGCAUUAUCGGUAAACCCGUUCUGCUUUUGCACGGCCUUUAUUUAUCGUCCGCCAUAUUCACAUUGAACAACUCUUCACUCAGUAAGUAGAAAGUAAGCAAUUAGUAAAUAAGUAAACAACAUAAUUUUAACUAUUUUAACAACAUGUAAAAAUGAAAAAAGAAUAGUACGUUUUAGAGAAGAACUUUGCGAUGUGAUAAAUACUGUGAUGAUAACUAGGGCACAGAUGUUGUUGCACUUGCAACUUUUUUCUCCCUUUUCAAUUUAUUGUUAAGUAUGUUUUGAAUACAUAUCAUGUAAGUACGAAUUCAAAUCUAGAAGUUUUAAGUGCAAUGUUUUGCAAUUUUUGCAAUUUUUUCAAUUUUAUUGAAUUUACUCAUUUACACAACUAGUUUAGCUAUAGACGACACUUGACAAUUGUAUAGAUAAGAUUAUAUUUUAAUAUUUCCAGCCAUAAAAUCUAAUAAUGGUAUCAUAUUUUAAUUUUAAUAAUUCCAAGUUGGUAAGUAUUCAAUAUAAUACAAAAAUAAUUUGUGGAAUGUGGCUGUUUAACUGAUAUAAUCUGUUCUUCAGUCACUUCGUGAAUUUUGGUUGAUCGUGUUCUGUUAUUGUUUUGUAAAUAUACCAAAAAUUAAGCCAACUAUUUACAUUUUUGUAUGAAAAUUGUUCGUUUUUAGUGCAAUACUACAAUCAAUUUCAAUAGUUUUACUACUAUAAUAUCCGUGCUCUAAUUAUAACCUAAAAAGAUAUGCUAGACUAAUUUUUAACACCAAUAAGCACACAGGUGUCCAAAAAUAUGGAAAAUUAAUAUAAUUUUUAGAGGUGGAGAAUUUACGUAAAAAAUACCGGUAAAUUUACUAAUAAAGUGAUAUAAAUAUAAGUGGUAAAAUAGCUAAAUUUGCUUAAUAAAAUAUUUUCUAAUCAGUAAUAUUUAAUAUUCUGAUAAAUUUACAACACACAUCUCUGAUAAUUUGUCCCAUUUUUUUUUUUUUUUUUUUAUAUAUCUAUUUCUAUGAUAAUUUAUUUAAAAUACAAUAGUGACAAUAUUUUUUUGAUUAAGUAAAAAUUGUGUUUAUUUUGAAAUCGUUUAACAUCAAUUAUUUUAUUUCAUUUUUAAAACCAACAACAAGUCAAAUGAUCAUAUCAAAUUGAUGUUACUACAAAUAUUAUAUAUUUGAAACGUAUGAUUUUCUUUCUGCCCUAUGUGGCCCUACAGCCCUACCCUACAUUAUAGUUCUUUACGAUUUAUUUAUGCCAACAAGUUGUUUUCUUUUUUAUGUCCAUAUAACUAUUAACUUGUAAUUGAGUACAAGUUUAUACCAUGUGCAUGGUAAUGAGUUAACGGCUAUAAUACAUUUCGUUCGCAUAAUAUAAAACAUUAUUAACAUUGAAAUAAUAUACAUGGUUGAUUGACAAUAUCUCGUACUAAAGUGUAUAACAAUAUAAAUACCAAUAACACGCGUCUACCUAAUAUCGAUAGUACUACAUUAAAUAUUGAAACAAUGAAACGUUUAUGUUUUAGGUUUCGUUCUGUCGGAUGCCGGAUUCGAUGUUUGGCUGUUUAACGCCAGAGGCGUAGGCCUGUCGAGAACGCUAAGUAUUUAUAAUGGGCCGGGAUCGCCAGCAAGAAUGAACAAAAUAUCGUGGGACUUCAGGUAACGGAUCUCAUUUAAGUAAUUAUACCUACUUACAAUACCUCCAUGUUCGACUAAAACGUAUAACGGUCAUAUCUACUCAUGCGAGUAUUAUUAUGACAAUAUUAUUAUUACUUACGAUGAAACGAUCAAUACAUUUUUCGGAAAGUUAAAAGCCAGAAGUAAGGUACGCACUUUACAUACGUAAAGCAAGAUACUCAAAAAAUAAUAUCAUGAUACAUACAUUUUGUUUAUCUAGAUACAAGAUACGUUGUGAAAUUAAAAAUGACACUAGAUACAAGAUAUAUAAUAUAUUUUUAAAUUGCAUUUUGUAAACUUUUAUGUAUCUAAUUUUGUCAAAUUUUUGCAAUAAUAUUAAUAAUAAUAUCCAGUGCUAGAAUUUGGAAAAUUUAAGAAGGGGUCUACUAAAUUAAAUUUAAAAAACUUCUUUUUCUAAAAAUCACGUUACUUUUGCCUAAGUAUUGUAGAAAUUAUUUUACCUAUAAGUUGCGCGUUACUUACUUAUACCGGUAUGGGUAUGAUAAUAAUUAACAACGUUAUUGUGCAGCCUAUGAAAAAUAAUUUUCUUUUAAUUGAAUAAAAGAAAAACAGAGACUAUACAUUAAAAAAAAAAAAAACCAUUGUUCAAAUUCUUUUUUUUUUUUUUUUUUAUAUCUAUAUUUUAAACAACAAAAUAAACCUAUAUAUGUUUUAAAACCGAUUUAAAAUAAAAACUGAUUUAAUGUACAAUAUUUGAUAUAAUAUGCCACCUUAAUAUUUUAAUGUUAUUAUUAGUAAAAUUAGUUUUUCUUUUUUUUUUUAAAACUUUAGUUUUCAUGAGAUGGGUGUAUAUGAUAUGACUUCUACAAUAGACUUUGUUCUGAAGAAGACGGGAUAUUCCAAAUUGGAUGUUUUGGGAUACUCUUUAGGAACAACUAUAGCCCUCACUUGUCUUUCCGAAAGACCAGAGUACAAUUUGAAAAUCAAUAAACUCAUUCUCAUGGCUCCAACGUCUAGACUAAAAUCAGCAGGCAUGCCAAUCGGCCUCUUUAGACAAUUUUCCAAAAUUAUAAACGUAAUCUCCAUUUAAUAAAUAUGUCCAUGAAGUUAUUAUAAAUAGUAAUCUACUACCACGAUACUCAUGAUGUAUUUAUUUUAUUAUUGCAAUAUUAUAAUAAUCUAAUAUAUUAUUUAUAUUAUACUUUAUAGGUUUUAUUAUAUGGAUUUAAUUUCAUGCCGUACACUGAAGAUCCAGAUACCACAUACGAUUUAAUUCGACGAAUGUGUACAAAUAAAAAUGUGUUUAUGGCUUGUAGAACAUUUAUUGAUCUGGCACAAGGAAUCAGCUUACCAAUGAACAAUGUACACAAUGAUAAAACAAAUAUGCAUAUAAAGUAUUGUUACAAAAUAUAAAUAUACAGGGUGAUUCACUCAACUGGAAACAUUCAUUAUCUCGGAAAGUAUUAACUUUUUAUUGGAAUUAGUUUUAUAAAUUUAAGAAACAAGCAGUUCUACAAUUUCAUAAACAUUUUUAUAUAUUUAUUAUAUAUUUAUGAAAUACAUUUUAACACAAAAAUUUAUUUUAACUAAUACUUCAUCUAUGUAUGGAAUUUUUGAUAUAGGUUGCCAUUUGAAAAUUCUAAGUAGGUAUUCGUUUUGCCUCCAAAAAUAAGGGUUUAAAAAAAAAUUAUAAUGUAACAUUUUAGAACUAUUUGAUCUUAAGUUUUCAAAAAAAAAAUAUAUUCUAAAAAAAGUUAAUACUUUCCGUGAUAGUGAAUGUGUCCCAGUUGAGUGAAACAAUCUGUACAUAUAAACAAGUAUCCCGCAAAGGCAUAAACAUUAAGAUAUUUUGGAAAGUGUAAACUAUUUUUUUCUUUUUUGACAAUUUAAAAAAUAAGUAUCUUUAAUAUGUUACUUUACCACUAUUUAUAGGGAUGAACCGACUACCUUUUUCGAGUUCCCUAGUUUGUGCGUUGAAUUUCUGACGUGGAUCUUUCUGUCGCAGCUAUCAGCCUUUCUAGUUUCUUGUUCAUCUCCUGCAACUCCCUCAGUAUCUCGGUGGGGACUUCGUUACUUUCUCCGAACACAAGCAUCUUCGUGCUUGUCCUUGUUUUGACCUCUGAGCGUACAAAGUUUCCAGAUUGUCCUAAUGCUCCCGAUGCCUGGUAGUAUGUAAGCGCACAGUGGUACAGGUCUGGAUAGUUGGCGUGAUUUAGAUUCUGCUCUCUUCUAAACAGCCUCGUGUAAGGGAACUUGUCCCCCUCUUUUCGUUGGAGAUCGUUAAAGAUUUUGUUAAACGCAAUUGCGUCGGUGCGUACAGCAGGGAUGAACCGACUACCUACUUUUGAUUUUCAAAUGAAAACCUAUAUAAAAAAUUCCAUAAAUAGACCCAGUGUUAAAUACAUAAAUAUUAAAUAUAAAAGUGUUAAAUUCAUUUUGGGGUUGAAUUUUUUGAUUUUCAUGAACCCAUUGAUGAGAUAUUUCAUUUUUAAUUUUGGGUAGUUAUUACAAAAAUUUUCCAUUUGAAAAUCAAUAGUAAGUUCACCUCCUUUGAAGGAUAAGGGCAACGGCAACAAAAAAAUCGUAAUGUACCAUUUUAGAGCUUGUUUCUUAAAUUGUCAAAAAAAAUUCCAAAAAAAGUUAAUACUUUCUAAGACAUUGCAAUGUUUAUAUUUCCGUGGGAAAUUCUAUAUUUAUAUUAAAUAUAUAAUAAUACUAUUAUCUUUUAUAAUAAUAACUAGCUGUCCCACUCGGCUUUACCUCUGCAAUAAAAAAAUGCCUGAAUAAAGUUAUUAGAUAAAUAUAUAUAUAUGAUAUUACUAUAGGUUUUUUUUAUAAAUACACAAGGUGUUUCUAAAAUGAAUCAUGAUUCAUUUUAGAAACAUGAGGAAUGAAGGUAUGCGUGAGGUGUCUGAAUAGCGAUUUUUUUUAAAUUUAUUUUUCUGUCUCCAAAAUCUGAGUCUUAUCAAUUUAUCAUUAGGAUAUUAUCUUGAAAGUAAAAAUAAAUACCAAGAAAAUAUCCAAGAACAUUUUUUUAAAAUCCUUUUUUAUUUCACAAAACUUGUUCAAUAUGACCUAUUAACUACGGUUCACUUGUUCACUUUUUCACGUGACGUUGUAAUGAAUUCCAAAUUUUUUAUAAAAAAAUAAUAACACUGUUUUAGAGAUGGACAAAAAUUCAAAACACAUCGUCAUUGGGAUUACCCACUGAGUAUAAUAUGUAUUUACUUAGUUUUAAUGAAUUUAGAAUAGGAUUGAAGAGAUUAUUUUUGUUUAGGACACCAUUUUGAACAUUGUGUCUUUGUUUCCACAACCAAUGUCUACCAAAACACUAAGACAUAUGCUUCAGCUGUUAACGCAUGGUGAGUAAAACAUAAUCGUUUAAGUUAUAAAUUUAAUAAAAUCAUUUCAUUUCACCCGUUCACAAAAAUUCAUAAUUACAUAGAAAACACAUAAUUAUUAUUAUUUUAAGUACCUAUAGUAAAAUAGAUUUAAAAUAAUACCUAUAAAAUAAUUAUUACAGUAAAUCGCUCAGCAAUUGAUAAAAUUAUUUUAUCUACGCAUACUUAAUACUUAUAAUACAUAUAAUGUAUAGUUCAGUUCAAUAAUUAUAGUGCCAAAAAAUGAGAUGAAUUAAGUCGUACACACUUUUUAUUUGAUAUUUACUUAUUUUCUUUAUUUCAGGAAGCUUUCGUCAUUAUGAUUAUGGGCCCUAUGGAAACUUGUUGCGGUAUCAUUCAAUAACACCAUCAAAUUAUGAUUUGUCCAAAAUUACUGCACCUACAUUUAUUAUACAUUCGAAAAAUGAUACGCUAGUUCCUCCAGAGGUGAUAAAAUACUUAAAUAAUUAUUUAAAAACAUAAAUGUUUAUGUUUUUGUAUUAUCUAUAAUAUGAUCAAGUUCAAACAAUAUUUGUCUGAUGGUCUAAUAAUUUCUAUGACGAUUGAAUAUUCAACACACGUUUAAUUUGUACCUGAUACAAACAUUAAAAAUCGCAAGAGAAAAAUACUAUUUCUCUAUUUUACCUUACUAUCAUUUUAAUCUGUAUAUUGUUCAUUUUUAAAAUGUAGUUAUCGUAUUUCAGGAUGUAAAAUGGCUCAUAAGUCAACUACCAAACAUAAAAGACGUAUACUACAUUGACAAAAUACCGUGGGGUCACCUCAGCUUUUCAUUAAGCCCGAUAAUGAAGCAAGUUGUUAACUCAUACAUAGCAAAUAUACUGUUAAAUUAUAAUGCAUGAUGCCGUGCAUAUUGAAUUAAUUAUACGAUACUAUCAACGAGAAAAGUUGUAUUCUGUUUAUACAUGUCUGUAAUAAUAAACACCCGUACACAACAGAGCUCCGUUACUAGAGUUUUCUCCAAGCCGAUUUGUUGCGAUUACGAUUUACGAUAAUUGAUUUAAAAUAAUUAUGGUUGCUAAAAUAGUUAAUGAAUGUUAAAAGUAUUAUGUUAAAUAGUAAUUUAAAUUAAAUG